AUGCCGAAUCUCAGCCAAACAGAGACAGGAAACCUCCAAGCAAAGACCGCAGUCACCCAAGGCGACGACCUGAAGAUGCUCACUAAGAUGACUGUUCAUGGAUUUCGUCACAGCGAAGUACCCGUGGGCUGCAUUCUUUGGGGUAUUGGUGCUGAUGUCAUUGUUAAACUACAUCAUUGCCUCACCACGGAGCUCUCAGAGAAGGUGGAAAGAGUGUAA